AUGAAACGUACAGAGAGUGAUGUGGACCUAUUCUCAAUCACAUCAAACUUGAACACUCUUUCAUCAGUGUCUCAGUUGUUGUCAGCCCGUAAGGGUAACAAACACUCCUACUUCAAUGAGAUUACGCCUGAGCAGGUCGAGAAGAUCAAUCGAACGAUAGACAGGAUUGACCCUGAGUACUUUAAGGAGGACUUUAACAUUGGAUACCUAUUGGAUCAGGUCGACAAAGACUCAACCAUUGACGGCAUCGACCAGCUGUCUGUAAAGAUAUAUGGCUUCUAUGAAGCAAUCGACUCCAAGUUCAAUGGACUUAUCAUGAAGAGUUAUAACAGUUUUGUUGAAGGCAUGUCACAGGUAUAUGAGAUCGAGAAGGACCUGGCACACUCGGCUGUCAUGUGCAAGUCUGGCAAACACUACCUGAACGAGGUACAGAAGGACUUGACAGCAUUUGGAUUCAUCUUGCUGCAGAAGUAUCGUAAGAAGCAGAUAUAUCAAUACCUACAUCAAGAGAUCGAGAAGAUUAGAGACAUCAACAAUGCAACAAAGAAGGUCGAUCGACUUCUAGAGAUUCACGACUUCCCCAACGCCAUCCUCUACAGCCAGACCUCAAACAAAACCAUUCUCUCCUCUGCCCACUACACCUGUAUAUCAAACAUCACUUCAAGCUUCCAGUCGAACCAAAUGGGCAUCAUCGACAAGAUUGACUCGACAUUCACAGAGAUAUGUCACAACUUCAAUGAGAACACGUUUGAGAAGAUCAUGCGUGGCUAUCUCUAUUUGCAACAGAAACAACAUCUAAAGGAUAGGGUACACCAGAACUUCAUCCUAAACAUCGAGGAUCACACCAGGAAGAUACUAAGGUCACACCUUUAUAACAAUUAUACUCGACCCGAGGAGCUCAACUCGAUGAAGUUUGUAGAUAUAUGUGGAGUGCUGAAGGAGGACCAUUAUGUGAUAUCAUUGUUGGCCAUUCUGGAGCAUCUUUCAGACUUGAUGUGCGCUCACUAUCGAAUGAGAAUCACCAUACUAAAGAUGAUCAAGAAUGCAGAGGAGAAUGAAGAGAAGGAGUUUUAUAUAGAGAUAUUGAAGCUACUGAGUAAUAACAAGAAGCAGAUGUGGAACUCGAUUCAGAACCAAGUGAAGCACUUGCUCAGUGCAUGUAAGACUACAUUCAAGAUUGAAGAGUUCAUCAAGGUACUACAAUCAAUCAAUCAGUUCAUUGAAGUUGGACAUGAGUUCUCAAGCUCGACAGAGGAAUCGAAUAUCCUGCGGACGGCAAUGAAGGAGAAGUCGCUGGGCUACUUUGAGAACUUCCACAAGAACACAAUCGAGAACCUCAAGGUCAUGCUGGAGAAUGAGAUGUGGCAAAAGAUAUUGCUGCCAAACAACUAUACUGUGUUGGACAUUCAAGAGUUUGGCGCUGUUAUCUCUGCAUCCACUGUGCCAGGAGGCGCAAACUCCUCGGCCACAUCGACAGCUACCUCCACACCCAUGCUACUGCUCUCACCAUACCUGGCCUUGAACGCUGCGGCAGACAAACACAUCAGUUUGGAAUUGGACGACCAUCGCAGCGAAUUCUUUGAGCAGUUCAUCAAGGAUGGCAACCCAUUCCUCAUCAAGGAGGGCAGGAAGACCCUGUCCGAGGCCGCUGGCGAUCGUAUAUCAAGCAGCAGCAAUGGUGGCAACGCACUCAAUGGACACGGCGAGAGCAGCAGCGACUCGUCUUCGGGCAGCACCACAACUAGCUCGCCCAACAUCUCGGCCAUCACAGUCAACGUCAUUCGUCUGAUUGGAAAGUACUUGCAGAUGAUGAAGAUCCUUCGCCAGCUCUCUUAUCUCAUCUUCACGGCCAUCUCCCAUCUUCUCGAAUACUAUGUAUACACAGUGUUUGUAUUCUUUGGCGAGUGCAACAAUCCCAACCUCUUUGAGCAGGACACAUUUGCCAAUGUCAGUCCAGUGCUCAAGAAGACCAUGCAGCGCUUGAAGCUCAAGUUUGUCGGACAGACACCUCCACAGACCUCGAUGUUGAACACCACCCAUCUGUUCCAAUCGAAGCUCUCAUCUUCGCCAAUAUCACUUCGUGGCUCUUCCGAUCACUCCAAGUCACCGCCUACACUCUCAUCACUGGGUGCCACUGGCAGUUCAGGCAACAAUGCAAGUGGCAACAGCAUCACUGACGACUCAAUCUCAAUCCAAUGGUCGAUGCCCAAGCUAUCACCAGAGAUCGACCUUGCUCAACCUCGUUCACUCGAAUGUCGUGUCGUUGGUCUAGAAUCAAUGAUGUUCUUGGUUGAGGCAAUCAUGGAAGCACAGCCAUUAGUAUUGAGUCUGGUACCAGCUGAGAAGGCAGAGUCUAUACAUCUAUUCUAUUCCGAGACAGUCAGUGUCAUCAGUGCACUAAGGAAUCUAUGCUACAAGAACAUUGCUAUCAAGUCACUAAAGAUGGACCCGAACAACUUGAUCAAUAUUGUAGCCAAUGAUACACGUUGGGAACUCAAGGACGCACCACCCAAUCCAAGCCCUUAUGUCAAUAUGAUAUUCAAGCUACUGCACUUCUUCAAUGGAAUGUUGGACGAGGUGGAGAAGAAGAGUGGCGUGCUGACACAGAAGGUCAAGAAUGUGCUGUGGGAGAACGCUGUGAUCUAUGUGAUGGAGACAUUGAUCGACUCAUACUCCAAGAUCAAGAAGUGCAACAAUCAUGGUAGAACUCUGAUGACGAUGGAUCUGAAGGAGCUUCAGUCCAGUCUGGAGAUCGUGUCGGCCAUCAAGCCAAUCCCCCAUCUACAACACGUUGACAAGUAUAUCAAGGCGUACUUCCUGCCCGACAGCGACAUCUUUAACCUGGCACGUGACUCUGAGUUCAGUGUACGACAGGUGAUUGGAGUGGUCAACGUUGCCAAUCAUCUCAAGAAGCAACAGAAGCAGAAGCUGAUAUCCGACCUCGAGGAGCUUGAGAAGCAGAGGAAGUCUGACGCAUUCAGAUAG